AUGGGUUCCAGCAGCUGCAAAAGCGAGCAGCGGAGCGGCUCAUGUCUGGAAUGCUCGACGACUGUAGGGCAGGUGAGCAUCCAGGCUUUCGGUCCGGAGGAUGGUCCCGUGAUCCUCGCCUUGCAUGGACUGUCCUCUGCAUCCUUCAUCAUCCGUGAGUGGGACAGCCUCGCGGAGAGCCUAGCAGAAUCAGGCUUUCGCGUGCUUCUACCCAACUUCCACUCUAACUCAGCUGCGGCUCCGAGACUCUUUGGCCCUACACGUGUAGUUCCCGUCUUGCUGCAGAUACUGCAGAGCUUUUCUCCCGAGCGGCAAGUUGUGCUGAUGGGUAAGAGCUGGGGAGGCGCUGUCGCAGCCGAGUUUGCAGCUGCCCAUCCGGCGGUGGUGAAACAACUGGUGCUUGUUUGUCCAGCCAUUCGUGUCCUGAAGGGAAAAGAAGCCGAAGCCAUCAGGGAGUUGAGGAUGCCCUUGCUGCUUCUCUGGGCAAGAGAUGACUGGAUGACCUGGUUUUCAUCAUCGCAAGUCUUCUGCGACAAUUGCCCUCGUGUUUCUUUGAUUGCCGUUCAACGUGGAGGACAUCGGAUAUUGCCAGAUUACACAGGGUACGUCCUGAACUUCUUGCGAGAUUGA